AAUGACUACUGGUUUGUGGAUCACUUAGUUUUUUAAAAUUGCUUAGUUUUUGCAGUGAUCUCAUUGUUAGAGGAUUUAUUUUCUAUUAGACAAAAAUAACUGAAAAUGAGUUAUGACGAUGUUAUAUCUUUACUUGGAGAAUUUGGUAGGUAUCAGAAGAAAAUCUAUUUUUUGCUAUGUCUGCCUGCCAUUCUUUGUGCCUUCCACAAGUUAGGCAACGUGUUUUUAGUAGCAGAACCAAAUUAUAGAUGUAAAUUACCACAUGAAACAGAUAAUUCUAGUUAUCAUUUAAAUGACACGACGUUGUCUUUGUAUUAUCCGAUAGAUACUCUCCACAAAAAAUACUCAUCUUGCGAGAUUUAUGAUACAAAUAACAAAACCAAACCAUGUGAAUCUUAUAUUUUUGAUCAUGAAAUAUAUGGAUAUACGUCUGUGAUAGAGUAUGGGCUAACGUGUAACUCGGCCUAUUUAAUAGCGACAUCGAAUGCUCUUUUUAUGGUAGGUGUAAUGCUUGGAUCAAUUUUAUUUGGAGAAAUGUCCGACAGGUACGGUCGUAAAUUAACUUUCUUCGCAUCACUUGUCCUUCAGUUGGCAGCUGGUUUAUUCGCAUCGGUAGCACCAGAAUUAUGGACUUUUACAUUUCUCAGACUUAUUAUCGGAGCGACCACUUCUGGAGUCUUUCUAGUGGCUUAUGUCAUAGGCCUUGAAAUGGUAGGACCAUCUAAAAGACCUAUAGCUGGAACUGUUUGCCAAAUGUUCUUCUCAGUAGGAUAUAUGUUGACAGCUGCGUUUGCGUAUUAUAUAGAUAAUUGGAGAUGGUUGCAAUUUGCUUUGACUAUACCUGGAGUUCUUUUCCUAGGAUAUUGGUGGUUUAUUCCAGAAUCAGCUCGGUGGCUUCUAACGAAAAAUCGCACUGAAGAAGCUAAAAAACUUAUUCGAGAAGCAGCUAAGUACAAUAAAGUAGAAAUUUCCGACGAAACACUCAAUGAGCUUCUAUUAACAUCUCAAGAGACUAAUAAUUCUAAUAAAGGCGCCAACACGUCUGUGCUGGACGUAUUUAAAUACCCUAAUAUGAGAAAGAAAUCUCUUAUUAUAUUUUUUGACUGGUUUGCUAACAACUUGACAUAUUAUGGUUUGUCCUGGAAUACGAAUAAUUUAGGAGGAGAUCCUUAUUUAAAUUUUGUGAUAUCUGGAGCUGUGGAAAUACCGGGAUACUCAUUAUUACUUUUAUUCUUAAACAAAUGGGGUAGAAGAAACUUAAUGUGUUCUUGUAUGAUGAUAACAGGAGGAUGUCUACUUCUUACUAUGCUGGUUCCGGCUGGGCACCAGUGGCUUCUAAUAACCUUAGCUAUGAUAGGAAAAUUGACCAUCACUGCCAGUUAUGGUGCAGUGUACAUUUUAUCUACUGAACAAUUUCCAACAGUAAUCAGAAACGCGGGACUUGGUGCAGGGUCAACUUUUGCCCGAUUUGGAUCGAUAUUAGCUCCUUACAUGAAUGCAUUGUCUCAUGUAUGGUUGCCUUUACCACUGCUAGUAUUUGGAACCUGUGCAUUUAUAGGUGGUCUAAUGUCACUGGUGUUACCAGAAACUUUAAAUAAAAAGUUACCCGAAACCAUGGAGGAAGGAGAAGAAUUUGGAAAGAAGAAGAAGAAAAAUGGUGGGCAACCUCUGAGUGAGAAGUUUUAUAGCAUAGACCUAGAUGAAGUCCCUCCAAAACCGAAUAGUUCAGAAAAUGGAGUGGAUGAAAAAUUAAUUAAAAAUGGAGUCUCCUAAUUAUAAGUAUAGCUUUUGUAUAUUUUAUAUGCCGUACAUUUCAUAUUUAUUGUUUGACCAAUUUUUGGUAUAUAAAUUGUGAUAUUGUAAGUUCAAUGAACUCUUAACGAUUAAAACCAAAAAAUCAUUGCCAUGUGCCAAAAUUUUUAUUUAUCACAAGCUCUGACUAUCACAUUUUUGUAUUGUUUUGAAUAAAGUUUUUUUUCUGUAA